GAACCUGCUACUGGCUUCUCAUCCACUGUCAGUGAGCCAGUCAGGCAGACUCCUCUCUCUUCGUCGUCUUGAGUGGAAUAAAGUCUCCUUCAAAGCAAGAAAGUGUGGUUAAGACAAAAAAAAGAAGAAGUGCGGACAUGUUACAAGACAAGACCAGCUAGCUUUUAGCCGAAGUGGGCACGACCGGAGAGGAUUUGUGGGCUACACGUGGAACGAAGCAAGCGUCGUUUUUAACAAAACACAAAGCGGUUGAGCGCACUCUUGGAACCAGCUGGUCCCGCCCGUUGUCCGGGAUGAGUGCCAAAGCAGCCAUCCACAAGGAGGUCUUCGUACCCCACGGCGAGAAGAUGCUGGCGGCCGUGCAGGUGAAGCGGAAGACCAAGAAGAAGAUCCCAUUUCUGGCGACUGGCGGCCAGGGGGACUACUUGACCUUCAUCUGCCUCUCAGUCACAAAUAAGAAGCCAGCGCACGUCACCAUCACUAAGGUGAAGAAGUUCCAGGGAUCUUCCGCGUUUGCAAAACGGUCACAGUGGGCAAUCGACCAGCUACAGCAGGUCAACGGCAUCGACUCCAACAAAGACUCUCCAGAGUUCGACCUGACAUUCGACAACGCCUUUGACCAGUGGGUCGCUGGUUCUGCGGGAGAAAAGUGCACCUUUGUCCAGAUUCUUCACCACACCUGCCAGCGUUACAUCCCCUCUCGGAAACCAGAGUUUGUCAACUGUCAGUCCAAACUGCUAGGAGGUAACAGUAUACUGCACUCAGCCGCCGACAGCGUGACGAGCGCCGUACAGAAGGCGAGUCAGGCUCUGAACGAGCGAGGUGAGCGAUUGGGCCGGGCCGAGGAGAGGACUGCCGACAUGAUGAACAGCGCCGAACAGUUUUCUGUCACAGCACACAAGCUUGCCAUGAAGCACAAGUGUUAAAACAACCACUGCCAAAACCAACAGUGGGCUCGGAAUGGGUGGCAUGAGGGUCCGCCAGUUGCUCAUCGCUGUGCCGAAAAUGCGGACUCCGAUUUUUUUUUGUUGUGUUUUUAUUUUUUUUAAAAGACAUUGUAACAUUUGUGUAAUUGCAUUGUGUGACGGGAGGAGGAAACUGUCGACUUGGGACCACUUGAUGAAAGUCUGUCAAUAACGUUCUUGUCACGCUGACAAGCUGGACCGUUUUUUAUCGCCGUUUGUUUGACGCUUUAUGCACGUGGCAGCGAUCACACGCUUUUAAUCCGGGAAACAUUUCCUACACAGCUAUCAUAAUGUCCAUAGUGUCCUGUGAAUUGUUGGGGGACGUCUCACUUUGUCAGGGUUUCUCCAACAUCCCCGAGAACCACACUAAAAAUACAGCGUUCGAUGCCCACGCUGCGUUUUUACCCACAAAAACUGUGCUUUAAGUUAUGCUUUCGUCCAUGAUUUCCUAAUAUAUACAAGAUAAGUACUGUGUUAACCUAAAUAUAUGAAAAAAUAUCGCUCUGCGUAUAUUCAGUGUGUUCAGAUUCAUACAUGCGCCAGUGAGAGCCUUUCUUCCUGUCACUCACACACGCCAGUGCAAAAAAAAAAGUUCCUGAAAACAUGAUUGUUUUUAUCUUUCAUUUGUAUUUCUUUUUUUUUUUUUUUUUUACCAUGAAAUCUACCGUUCUCGUUUUUUCAGUGUAUUACUGUAAACGGAAAAACUUAUUUUUUACAGGAAAAUUCUUGCAGCUGUUAACCAGAUGUUAACCGUAAAAUCUAGAAUGUUUUUUCUCCAUUUUCCAUUACUGUAAAGGGAAAACCUUAUCACUGUUAUUUUUUUACAGUAAAAUUCCCCCCUUAAAUUUAACGUACUGUAGUAACAAUACUUUUACUGUAUUUGUAGGGUAAAGUUCUGGCGACUGAGCUGCCGUUUAUUAAAAAUCUACAAAUAUUUAUUUUUACAGUGCAUUACUGUAAAUUGACAGUAAUUCCAACAACUGAGCAAUUCAUUUGAUCUUUUUUUCCCCCCAAAACAUGGCGUUGUUUUAUGUUCAGGAUCACCUUUAUAUUUGGUUUAAUAAUAUAUAGUUCAAUAACCACAAAUGACAGUGAAAACAUGUAUAUAUAUAUUUGAUUUCUUUAGUAAGACCCCUCAACGGUAUUAUAUUUUUUUCAUUUUCUAAAUUUCAAGAGGCUCGUCGCAACACAGAUUUGGCAACCCCGCUUUAAGCUAUGCUGUUGUCUAUUAUUUCAGUGCAUAUAAAACAUUUAUUUAUUGAUAAAAUACUUCUACUGUAUUGACCUGAAUGUAAAGAAAAGACAGGUUUUCCAAUAUGCCCGUGGACAUUUUUAUAUGCAAACUAACAUAAGUGGCACCAAAUGACAUCUUCCAUAGCGAGUGAGAGCUUUUCUUCCUGUCGCUCACACACGCCCGUGGCCUGGAGAGACACGGACACGCUCAAAAGAGGCCCAAAAAAAGCCCCAAAAAGUUGCUGAAAUCAUGAUUUUUGUUUUAGGCGUUCCAACCCAAAAAACUCUUAUAUUCAGGGUGGUCUUGUACUUAAGUUAAUACGAUAUCAUUCAAUAACUACAAGUGAGACAGAAAAUAAAUAUAUACAGUACAGGCCAAAAGUUCGGACACACCUUCUCCUCAUUCAAUGCGUUUUCUUUAUUUUCAUGACUAUUUACAUUGUAGAUUGUCACUGAAGGCAUCACAACUAUGAAUGAACACAUUUGGAGUUAUGUACUUAACACAAAAAAAAGGUGAAAUAACUGAAAACAUGUUUUUAUAUUUUAGUUUCUUCAAAAUAGCCACCCUUAGCUCUGAUUACGGUUUUGCACACUCUUGGCAUUCUCUCCAUGAGCUUCAAGAGGUAGUCACCUAAAAAGGGUUUUCACUUCACAGGUGUCAUAGUUUUGAUGCCUUCAGUGACAAUCUACAAUGUAAAUAG